CUCCAGCGAGCGGCGCAGUGGCAGCGGAGCUCGGCGGUAACUUUUUAAAUCCGAGCCAUCUGCGCGUUUAUGACACUAAUAUCACUUGAAACCUGGCUGCAUCGGUAGUUAAGAGUCUCAUCUUUCAUGCGAAGUCAAUAUUUGUGGCAUAAAAGCAGCGCGUUGGUGUAAAAACGCGGUUUAAAGUGAGGUCGGAGAGAGAAGCGACACACACACACACUCACAAGCGCCGCGUCGGAGACGAUGAGAAGAGCGAUCUCAUCCUCGGCCCCGGAGAGUGUGAUCAUCACCGGGGUUGGAGGCUCUUCGCUGGACGAGAACGCGGUCCUGACGGCCCUGGGCUCCAACACACGCACAACCACCUACAUCCACAUCAUCACCCCGCCGCCGCCGUGCCUCACACACACUCCCGCCGUGUGCGUGUCCGAGUCUCCGGCCGCCAGCCUGUACACCACCCCGACCGGGAGCGGACAGAGACCUGCGCUGGGACGGCCUCCGGCGAAGAGGCGCUUGGCUCUCGACGACUCGGACCACUUGUACACAGCUGAAGUAGCGAAAACCCCCAAGACCCAAAAUGGAGGCCCGCUAGCUGUGCUAAAGGGCAACAAAACUCCAAAGUCUCCAUCAGAGAAGACUCGCUACGACACGUCUCUGGGUCUCCUGACGAAGAAGUUUGUGCAGUUGUUGGGCCAGUCUUCGGAUGGCGUCGUGGAUCUGAACCAGGCGGCCGAGGCGCUCAACGUCCAGAAGCGUCGUCUCUACGACAUCACCAACGUACUGGAGGGGGUGCACCUCAUCAAGAAGAAAUCCAAAAACAACAUCCAGUGGAUGGGCUGUAACCUUUCAGAGGUUGGUGGAGUACUGACCCAUAAACAGACUCUGAGCAGCGAAGUGGCUCAGCUGGUGCAGGAGGAGCGCAGACUCGAUGAGAUGAUCCAAAGAUGCACGCAAGAAGUCAAGCAGAUGACGGAAUCGUCGCACAGUCAGAAGUUCGCUUAUGUAACAUAUCAAGACCUCCGGCGGGACCAUAGUCUGAAAGAUCAGACGGUCAUCGCUGUCCGAGCACCACCUGAGACCAAGUUAGAGGUUCCCGAUCCACAGGAGGGCUUGCAAGUUCACCUCACCAGUACGAAAGGACCUAUAGAUGUCUUCUUGUGUCCUGAUGAAAAUACCCCCGACAGUCCGGUGAAGAAUGAGAAUUCCAGUUUGAAUGGAAACUCCUCUCCUUUUAUGAAAGUGUUAGAAGAUGCCAACUCCAGUCGUUCAGGACCAGCGGUAACGGUCACCAACCUCUCACCCAUUACGUCCCCCUACACCAGCCUGCUACAACAAACUGAGGACCAGAACUCCUACUCUGAACCGCCCUUCAUCAGCCUGGGUUCACCACCACUCAGUGACGACUACCUCAUGAGCCUAGGAGAAGGCGAGGGCAUUUCUGACCUCUUCGAUGACCUUGAUCGCCUCCCCAAUCUGGAUGAUCUUCUAUGCAACUGAAGGGAACGUCUUGCUUGGAUUGACUCGGUCAGAUGACCACUGAUAGGAGGGUGCAAACUUAUAGGUGCCCUUGACUCAGGAGUCUGGUGAGAUGCCAGUAUUUUAAGCUUUCUGUGCAUCCUGAAUUGAGGGAUGCUUGGAGAAUGGUCUACCCUUUUCCAACUUAAAGGUUCCUGUGAGACUCUGAUGAAGGAGCCAAGUGUUACUCAAGUAUGUGUUUUCCCAUCUGAUCAAGUAAGUUGUUAGAAAAUUUGCCUGCAAGUGUCCCCUGUCCUGUGCAAGUAAGAUUACACCACUGUUCCUACAGUGAUAACUGCAGCUUUCAAAUGCCCAUGAAUUGGAGAUUUGAGGGUUUCCGGUUUGUUUCUACACCCUCUUGAGCAACCUGGAUGCCUCUGCUAACCAAGAUCUACCAUCUUCCAACUUGCAGAUGCCUUGAUUUGGGAAUUGCUGAGCAUUUCCCUUUACUUCCUUGUCUUUCCAUCAGCAUUUAGGAGCUCCUCUCCAAACUUUGGUCGUACCAAUAACGCUGGCUUUGGAUCGUUCCUCCCUAUACCCGGUCCUCAAUCUGCACAUGUAAAAUUGGCCGUGUGCAGAUGUAGGAGUUAUCAUUGUUGACUUGUGCAUUUCAGCAUACCUGAAGGUGAACAUGAACUCGUAGUGAAGACCCAGGUGACUGGGUCGGUGGUUCUGUGUAGAAUGACACAGCAACGCCCACAUCGUGUGCUGCUGUCUGUUUUAUUCCCAUAGUGAUGGGAUUCAAGCAGAUGGGAUUGAUAAGCUGCUCUUUAUUUUGUUCAGUGCUGCUGCGGAUUUCUUACGCUCCCUCGUGUGAGAAAUCAUUUCAUCGUUCGCGUCGACGCUUCGAGACUGUAAUGAUGAAGUCUAGAUUUGUCCAUUUUAAUUUUUUAUCCUGGAUCCAAAGGUCUCUAGAGACCAAAGGGCAAAUUAACUCGGUGUUUUAUUUGACGGAAUAUUGAUGCCACUGACAGGCUCUCCAAUUGAUUUGAGUUCAGUUGGAUUUGAGGAAUCCUGCAUGUCCCAGUGGUGGGUUUUAUUUCAGUUUUGGAAGUGCACUUUAAAACUCCCUGGCCUGGAUGUAUGUUUACCGAGCUGUCAUCCUAUUAGAAGUCAUUUUUAGCCAUUUUUAAAUUGGUCACUUUUGGGAAUUUCUUUUCCUUUUUUUUUUUUAAAUUAAAAUUUUUUUUAUUUUUUUUUGAGGAUCCGGCCGAUGUUCUCGUUAGCUAUCUUUACGCAAAGGCCUGGUGUCCCAGCGAUUUGUUAUGUCCAUGCGGUACAGUACGCUUCAAUUUUAAAGGUUCAUGUUUGGAAUUUCCCCCAUACCACUAAUCGUCAGCCGAGACGUAUUUAGUGUCUUUUUAUGUUCUUCUUUAGUUUAGUUUUGCUUCUCAGUUGUUUUUGCUCCAUAGCUAAUUGCUAACUUUUUUUGUUUUCUCUAUUGAAAAUGUUUGCGUGACCUACAAGUGUCAAACAGUCUCUAAGAGAACCAGACAGAAGAAUUGUCCAUUGAAACAUGCACCUCCAAAUUCCAGAGCAGUCCUAGAACAUCCAGAUGUGCAAACAAAAAUUGAAAAUUGUUCUAAUGGGAAAAAUGUAAGUAGAAGGAAAAAAAGAGAGCUUUUGUGGAGUAGAGCUCACAUUGGUACUAGGAGUGUGACCUUGUUCUUUAUAUUUUGUGAAACAGACCAGAAAUAAGUGUUUAAAAUCUUUUUCACCUGAAGUGUGGGGUCUGAAACUUACCUUGGUGGUACGGGCAAAAUAAUAAUUAUUAUAAUUAUUAUUAUUAUUAUUUUGGUGAAUGAAUGAUUCCUUUAAGUAGGUGCAUGGUAAUUCAACCAGCUGCUUAAAUUCAUGUUGUAUGUGUCUGUACGUUACGCUAGAAUAAUCCCACAAAUAUCUCGUAUCUUAACCUAAAUAUGAUAAAAGAAUUAUUCAGUUCAAUUAACAUUGCCCAAUCAGUCCAUGGAAAAUAAAAUAAUGUUAUUGGGCCAAAUUCAAAUUCCAUGCGCUAGGUAAUAAACUACCUACGUCCAAACCUGUUGUUUUCACUCAGAUCUAUCUAUCUAGAAUUUGAAAGUAGGUGAAGCCAGCUGAAGUGCUCUGGUGGCAAUUUUACGAUUCCCUGCCAACAGAGGGCGCCAGACGAAAACAAGAUGACCCGAUGUGCUGCUUUUAGCAAAAACCGGUGGUUAAACACUAAUACUUAAACACUUAAGCAAUAAAACACUUAAACACCAACACUUCAGCACUACUGUAAUCUGCUGAGGGAAAACAUGCAGGAAACUAUGGAUAAAAAGUGCGUGAAUAGAAUGAACCGGUCCUGGAAGGCACAUCAUCCCUGUUGCGACAGAGUUUAUAUUUAUGCAGUAGUGUUGAGGGCUUUCUGACUUCCUUUGGGAUGCUUUGGCUCUGAGGAUCUGGCAACCCAGAAUCUCAUACACUGAGUUAAUAUGCACUAUAACACAAAAGCUGUACACAAUACCUGAUUGGUGUAAUAAAGUCUUUAUUUUCUGUA